CGUAAACAUUAAGGUACUUGUUUCGGCUCAAAUAGUGCCUUAUUGUACUGUAGAUUCAUGAAUGUUCUUGAACAAAUCGUCAAGGACGCAAUAUUUAUAGCAUGGCUCCAAUCGCGAGUGAAAAGUUGGGAGCUGGUGGCAAGAAACCCUUUACAGUGUUCGUGGAAGGCAACAUCGGCAGUGGCAAAACUACGUUUUUGAACCAUUUCCAAAAAUUUGACGACGUUCAUUUGCUCACAGAACCGGUGGAAAAAUGGCGGAACUGUGCUGGGGUGAACCUACUUGAUCUUAUGUACAAGGAGCCCCAGCGUUGGGCGAUGCCAUUCCAAACAUACGUUACAUUAACUAUGCUAGAUAUGCAUACCUGCCAGACUGACAAACCGGUGAAGCUGAUGGAGCGAUCUCUGUUUAGUGCAAGAAAUUGCUUUGUGGAAAGUAUGCUUGCUUCCGGUUCGCUGCACAAAGGAAUGUAUAAUGUGCUGCAAGAGUGGUAUGAUUUUAUAUGCUGCAACAUUCACAUACAGGCGGAUUUAAUAGUUUAUCUUCAAACGAGCCCUGAAGUAGUGUAUGAUCGCAUGAAGGAACGUGCUCGAUCGGAAGAAAGCUGCGUUCCGCUCGAGUACCUCAAAGAACUACACGAGCUACAUGAAAACUGGCUCAUCCACGGUACUUCUUCUCGUCCUGCACCGGUGCUGGUACUAAACGCAGACCUAGAUUUGAACACCAUUGCGACGGAAUAUGAACGGUCGGAGAUGAGCAUUUUGAAACCGAUCUUGAUAGAAAAUACCAAUCAGCAUGCCGUUCUUACAUCCCCAGCAAAACGAUCUAAGACGGACUUCUGAACGGCUGGUAUUAUCAUUCAUAUAUUGUGUAAUCUUUUCCUUAUUUACCAUUAGAAAUAGAUUCAUUUUUCGACGGUUUGUGUCGAUCUUUUGACCAGCAGCACGUGCGAAUUUACACGUGGGUUUGCAAUAUAUGUAUUUCUGCAUUUCUGUAUAUGUCAUAAACUACCGAAUGAUGUUUGUCAACCAAUAUUUUAAAAUAGUUCAUUUAUAUUUUUCAAUUUAGAAAAUUCAAUUGGUUAAGUGCUGUACUAUGUUUGUAACUUUACAACAGUAUAUUUAAUUAACUAUGAU